AUGGCUGCUGUAUGUGGUACAAUUAGAAGUUUAAAUUUAGUCGUAUUUAUGGGUUCGGUUCGUAUUAAUCGUUUGGGCACUCCAUUAUUAAAUUUAGUUGUGAAACAAUUAAAAGCGAGAGGACAUAAUGUAACAACAUUAGAUGCGAAAGAAGAGAAGUUUCCAUUACUUGAAAAACCAUAUCAUCAUUAUAAAGGUGGAGAUGAUAAAGCUCCAGCGUGGUUGGAGAAAUGGGCUCAGAUAUUAGGUGCAGCUGAUGCUUAUAUUUUGGUAGAUUGUGAAUAUAAUCAUAGCCCAAGUCCUGGUAUGCUAAAUUUAUUAGAUCAUUUUUGGAGAGCUACGUAUGGUCAUAAGCCUACCUUUAUAUGCACGUAUUCAGGACAAUCGACUGGUGGUGCUAGAACAGCCUAUAUAUUAAGAAAUACGUGUGGAGAAUUAGGCAUGAUUACAAUUCCAACUCUAUUUCAUUUACCAGCUGUUUAUUCAGCGUUUAAUGAACAAGGUGAAUUAACUGCACCUAGACUCCUAGCACAAUUAGAGACAGCAUUUAAUGAACUAGAAUGGUAUGCAGAAAUGUUAAAGAAAGCCAGAGCAACAGGAUUACCAAUAAAAGUACGAUCAGAUUGA